CCCAUUCACCGCUGCUCUCCCCUGCCUUCCUCCCGGAUCAGCCUGCGGCCAAAGCCUUCUCCCCGCUGUCUGCUUGAGGAACAGGUGAUCCUCCUUAGCGGCCCGUUUCUGGAUGCGGCUCUCUCGCCUGCGUGUGAAGGAUGAUGAUACCAGGCGAGGCUGAAUCAGCGUAACUUUUACUUGGCAAGAGGAAAAACUUUCUUCCCCGUUUGAAGGCAUUAAAAACACGUAGCGUUAAAAAGCAGAAGAAGUUGGUUUUAAAGCUGAACUUCACUUUCCUGGGAUUUGUGUGUCAGAUUCAAAGGCUGCAUCGUUUUCUUUUUCUUAUUUUUUUUUUCCUCCUUCCUUAUCUCCCAAAAGGAAACUGUUGCUAGUUGGAAUAGACUUUUUAAAUGUUUGGAAUUCAAGACACGUUAGGAAGAGGACCGAUUCUGAAAGAUAAAUCUCUAGGUUCUGAGAUGGAUUCCGUCAGGUCCUGGGUCAGAAACGUUGGGGUUGUGGAUGCAAACGUAGCAGCACAAAGCGGAGUAGCUUUGUCCAGAGCCCACUUUGAAAAGCAGCCACCCUCCAACUUGAGGAAAUCCAAUUUCUUUCACUUUGUUCUGGCUCUCUACGACAGACAGGGGCAGCCCGUGGAAAUAGAGAGGACAGCUUUUGUGGACUUUGUAGAAAAUGAUAAAGAGCAAGGCAAUGAGAAGACGAACAACGGCACACACUACAAACUCCAGCUCCUCUACAGCAACGGAGUCAGGACGGAACAGGAUCUCUAUGUGAGGCUCAUUGAUUCUGUCACCAAGCAGCCCAUAACUUAUGAAGGCCAGAACAAGAACCCCGAGAUGUGCAGAGUGUUGCUCACCCACGAGGUCAUGUGCAGCCGGUGCUGUGAGAAGAAAAGUUGUGGCAACAGGAAUGAGACUCCAUCUGACCCUGUGAUCAUUGACAGAUUCUUCCUCAAAUUUUUUCUCAAGUGCAAUCAGAAUUGCUUGAAAACAGCAGGAAACCCGAGAGAUAUGAGACGGUUCCAGGUGGUGCUAUCGACAACAGUGAACGUGGAUGGGCACGUGCUGGCAGUGUCUGACAACAUGUUCGUGCACAACAACUCCAAGCACGGGCGGAGAGCAAGGAGACUCGACCCCUCGGAAGCCACGCCCUGCAUCAAAGCCAUCAGCCCGAGCGAGGGGUGGACCACAGGGGGAGCCAUGGUGAUCAUCAUCGGGGACAACUUCUUUGAUGGGCUGCAGGUGGUGUUUGGGACCAUGCUGGUGUGGAGUGAGCUGAUCACACCUCAUGCCAUCCGCGUCCAGACGCCCCCCCGACACAUUCCUGGUGUGGUGGAGGUGACAUUAUCCUACAAAUCCAAACAGUUCUGCAAAGGAGCACCAGGCAGGUUCAUUUACACAGCUUUAAAUGAACCUACCAUAGAUUACGGCUUCCAAAGACUGCAGAAGGUCAUCCCAAGACAUCCUGGGGACCCUGAAAGAUUAGCUAAGGAAAUGCUGCUGAAAAGAGCUGCCGACCUGGUCGAGGCCCUGUAUGGGACCCCCCACAACAACCAGGACCUGAUCCUGAAGCGCGCGGCCGACAUCGCCGAGGCUCUGUACAGCGUUCCGCGCAACCCCGCACAGAUCCCGGCGCUGUCCAGCUCUCCUGCCCACGGCUCCAUGAUGGGCAUCAACUCCUACGGCAGCCAGCUGGGCGUCAGCAUCUCCGAAUCGGCGCAGGGCAACAACCAGGGCUACAUCCGGAACACCAGCAGCAUCUCCCCCCGGGGGUACUCGUCCAGCUCCACCCCACAGCAGUCCAACUAUAGCACCUCCAGCAACAGCAUGAACGGCUACAGCAACGUGCCCAUGUCCAACCUGGGCGUGCCUGGCUCACCCGGCUUCAUCAACGGCUCCCCGACAGGAUCUCCCUACGGCUUGAUGUCUUCAAGUCCAACAGUCGGCUCCUCCAGCACUUCUUCCAUCCUCCCGUUCUCCUCUUCGGUGUUCCCUGCUGUCAAACAGAAGAGUGCCUUUGCUCCUGUCAUCAGACCCCAAGGGUCCCCCUCUCCCGCCUGCUCUAGCGGCAACGGGAACGGGUUCAGAGCCAUGACUGGUCUUGUCGUUCCCCCGAUGUAAGGAAGGGGCAGCUUUGCUGCUCUCCCUCUUCCCUUUUUUCCUCCUUUUUUUUUUUUCAUUUUUCUUUUACAGCACAAUACUACUUAUUGUGAUGGACCACUAAAAAGAAAAAAAUAGCACUACAAGCUCUUUUUUGGGGGAAAGCCAGGCCCGGGAAAAAAAAAAAAAAAGGAACAUUUUUUAUGGAUUGGACAAGUUAGAAGUCUGCAUCAUUUACCUGUUUCAUAUUUCUGACACAACCACAUCGACUCCUCAAACAUUUGGAAUGAAGAAUCAGCAAGAGCCAGGAUGAACAAGAGUUGGCAGGAUGGAAUUAGAAAUGCAAAGUCUUUCCUGGAAGACACGAAAACCUUCCUAUGAUUUGUAAAAUAUUCAAAGGGGAAAAAAGAAAUUGGCAAAGUGAUUCAAGCUUGAUAUUUUGGAUACAAUUUGUUUUACUUUGUAGGGGUAAAAAAGUUGAAGUUUCUAUUUUCUAUGGAGCCUUUCAGAUAUCGAUUUAGUUUAUGCAGAAAAACAAUUCAACAAAACAGGGUACCAGCAUGAAAGAAUUUCUAGGACAAACUGACAUGAAUGAUGGAACUUUGGUGUAUGUGUGUAUUUGCUUAUAGUUUAACCUCUUUAAAAAAAAUGUAAGAUGUUUUACAAUUA